AAUUAAUAAUCUGGAUCGACGUCUCGCCGACGCUUUAAAUCAGAAAAAAUUGUAAGCAAACCAGAAAUUUGAUAACAAGAAAUGCUGAUUAAAUGAUUCACAAUGUCCUACACAGUUGACCUUGAACAGUUAGAAGAUGAAGAACUAUUGUGGAGUAUUUUAGAAACUUUGGGUAAAAAGCUAAAUCGCAAAGGAAAAGAAUGUAUAUUUUUAGUUUCUGGAAAAAACAAUGAAGCAGUAAUGAGCUGGACCACAGAACUAGGUGGAUAUUUUUUAUCAACAUAUCCAAAAUGGUCCUCAUUGUUUCAAGACUUUUGUUGUACAGGUGAAUUGCCCACAAUGGAACAGCUGAUGUCACCAGGUGAAUUUGCAAACAAAAACACAACGUUGAAUAAUGUUGAACCACAAUUUAAAACAACUUCAAUAAAAAUCUUGAGUGAACGUAAGAAUACAAGCAAAUGGCUUCAAGGAAAAGACAACUCAAUGUUUCCAGUUAAAGAAAUUAAGAUAAAAGAAGAAGGGGCCCUGCACAGUGAAGUUAUUAAACAUUUAUGUAAAGAUAUUGAUGUCAAGAUUGAAGACAAUUCUCAACAUUCUGAUGAAAUGACAGACUGCAACACUUCCUAUUCAAAUGUCCAAAUUGAAGAUUGCAUCCAAGGUUCAAUUGAGGCUGUUGGUGAAAUGACAAACUUCAACACUAUCUGUUCAAAUGUCCUAAAUGAAGACAACAUUGAAUUUGAAAAUGAAUUCACUGGCAGAUCGAAGGAACACAGCAUGUUUAUAUGUUCAAAUGUCCUAAAAGAAACAGGUUCAAUUGAUGCUGGUGGUGAAAUGACAAACUUAAACACUAUCUGUUCAAAUGUCCUAAAUGAAGAUACCAUUGAAUUCGAAAAUGAAUUCACUGGCAGAUCGAAGGAACACAGCAUGUUUAUAUGUUCAAAUGUCCUAAAAGAAAAAUUAAAAGACAUCAUUCAUAAAAGAACACAUGUAAAUAAUUCUCUUGAUAACUGUACACUUAGAAAUGUAAGCACAAGCAAGGCUGAAGUUGACCACAGUAAUGUCUCGAAUGGAAACAAUAUAGUAACAGGUUCUGACCAACAAGGUGCAGAUAACUCUCAGAAUAAAAGAUUAAAGGGUUCAGGUGGCUCUCAGCGAAAAUAUAAAAAAAGAAAAAAGUCUACACGUGUGCCUUCUAAAUGUGUCCCAAUUUUACCGAAAACAAUGGAUGACAAUACUUGUACCAUUAAAUAUAUUAGGUAUGGUGGUAUAAUAAAAAAUUCAACAAGCAAGGCACCUUGUGAGCCUCUUACGACAGAAGAAAUAACUACAACAAACACUGGUAAUCAUUUAUUGGAUAAAACAAUGAAGCAAAAUUUAACAACAAAAGAAACUGAUUUCCCACUAGCGAAAAUAGUAAAAUAUAUACCAGAGGCCAGAAAUCGUUCAAUAGAUAAAACAUCUAUGAAUGAUGAAAAAUGGAAAAUGUCGCGAAAAAAGGAACCUUUAUUACCUCUUUCAACUGUAGUCUUCACUAAAAUAGUUGGCAGCAAGUUUCCAACAAAAGAAGAACGAACAAAGAAAUUUGUUAAAGAAAACAGAAUGAUUCAUGUCCCUCCCAAAAUCUUAGCAGAUCAGGUUGUUUCUGAUUCAUUUACUUCUCCUCUUGAUACUCAUGAUAUUAGUGCAUCAUCUAAUACUACUUCCUGUCUUGAUAUUCUUGAUAUAAGUACUGGUAAUUCUGCUUCCUGUUAUGAUGUUAGUGAAUCUUCAUUACAAGAAAACAUGAAUUGUUCACCUGUGAAAGAAAAAGCCAAUGAUUUUGCUGAUAACCAUGAUUACCAUGAUAACAAGAGAAAUAAUCAUACAGAUUCAACAUAUCUCAAGCUUGAAAUUGAAUCAUUGCCUAAUUCGACUGAAAAAGAUUCUGGAAAAAAUGAUAACGAAUAUGGAUUUCAAUUAAAUCAAGAACCUAAAGAAGAAAAAAGAAUAUCAGUCAUUUCUGAAAAAGAAACUGCGUAUACAUAUAAUAAGUCUAAAAUAUGCAAAUUUUGUAGCAUGAAGUUUUCAAACACCUUUUGGUACCACAAGCACCUGAACAGUUUUCACCGAUCUAAGUUCAACACUAAAUGUGUACACUGUGAUGCUAUCUUUAAAUCUAGUAAGUCUUUAAGACAUCACAUGGCCAUGCAUAUACCAAGCAAUGAAAUGCCUUACAGAUGUGAUGAAUGUGGAAAGGGUCUCUUUACAGAGAAGUCUCUAAAACAACAUAAUUGUGCACUUAGAGUUAAAAACAGACCACAGAUUAUGUGUGAAAUUUGUGGGAAGAGUUAUCGUUAUACAGAGGGGUUAGCAGUCCAUAAGAAGAACUGUCAUCCUGAGAGCAGUCUUCGAACCAAUACUAGAUGUGGUAAUUGUAGAAGACUAUUUGAUUCCAGGUUAAAGUUGAACAUUCAUCAAUCUGCGUGUAAACCUCAGGAACCAUGUGAUGUAUUUCAGCAAACAUGCCGAGCAUGCGGACAAUAUUUUACAGAACUGAGUGCAUUAAAAGUGCACAUUAAAGAAGCACAUCCUUUUCUUUGCUUCAUUUGUGGGAAAAAUUUAAAACUUGCUCUUUCAUUUGAAAAACAUAUGAAAAGACACAAAAGGGAUCAACAGUUUCCUUGUAAACUUUGUUCGGCAAAAUAUUAUGAAAAAAAUCUGCUGGAUAUCCAUUUGAAAAAUACUCAUGGACAAGCUUCGUGUAAUGUAGACUCACCCGAUGCUAGUGAUGACUUUCGAAUAGCAGGAUAUUACCAGGGUUGUAAAAUUCUUAAAGUGUCUUAAUAAAAUGUAUAAAAUAA